AGUCAGUCUACAUCAAAUCUUGGACACACUAGCUAGACAACAAUCGUUAGAAGUUGCGGUGCCGGACUGUGCAUUAUGACCCAGGAUGACUCGUGCGUAUACGUCAACGCUGAAAUGGAUACUUGGGUUGCUAUAAACACCAUUGACCGAGGUGUGUAAGAGAUUCAACCCCUCAUACCUCGAGAUCAAAAUGGAGUCUAUUCCCCCUUCAUAUGCUCCUUCCCCACCUUCGCCGUCCUACUCUCCUUCCCCACCAUCGCCGUCAUACUCGACACAGCUUCUCCCUGGGGAACAAACGGUCGAGGAGACUCGACGACAGUCUCCGCAAGCUUUGAAUACCGGAGUCUUUCGUAGAAUAACAGACAGCACCACACUUGUUUUAAGAGAUCAGCAACCGGGGAGCAUAACGCCCGUUUACGGAAGAAAUGGACUCGUUCGAGGUCACAUAUCUUUGCGAAGUUCAGAAGGCCUCGUAGAGGUCACCUUGAAGCUCGAGGGUCACCUUCGUCUUGAGACAUCAGGGGCAGCCAUCACCACAUUGGUUGCAUCUGAUUCGUAUUCUUUAUGGAGCUCUUCGUCCACUGAGCCUUAUGUAAACCUGCAGCCUUUACCCCCCUCAUUCGAGCACAAAUUGGCGACGUGCACCUACACUCUUAGCGUCGUAGUCUCAAGACCUCGACGAUUCUUAUCAUCUUUUCGCUCUAGUGAUUGCCUCGUGGUACCCGUAUGCUAUCAUCCGCGUUCUCGCCCACGCACACCCAUGCUUCCGAGCGACGUGCCGUUCAUGACCACGGUGAAGAGCUCCCCUGAAGAAUGGCAUCAACUCUUUAUUCCUUCGUCACAGGUUUAUCCAUUAUCUGAGACCAUACCGUUCCACCUUCAAAUGCGUGCCCCAUCGAGUUCAUUAGCUCCAUUCAUUAACAAGUCUGCACCUAAGCAUGGCCUUCCUGUGCUCUCCUCAGAGGAAAUCACCAUCCGCGUCUACUUACUCCGCCAAGUAGUUGUCAAAAUCUUCGAAGAACAAAAAUUGAGCAAUCAAAUAAUAGGAGAAGGCAAAUUGACAUACUCCUCCCCUCUACCCGACAAUCAUCACUCAUAUUGCAACGUUCCCCUUGGGGAGGGCAUUGACUGUCUGGACUGGGAUGGGGAACUGCGAUAUACCGAAGAUGUCACGGUCGGAAGCUUCGCAACAAACCCGCUCUCAGUUAGAGAUUUUAUUGUACUCUCCCUGGAACCUCUGCAACCACUCAAGUGCCCGCUUCUUGCGUCAAAACACUUACAUCCGAUUCGUCUGGUGACAGACCCAUGGUCGGAUCACGCAGUGACUUGGUAGUAUGGCUAAGACCCAGUUUUUUUACAAGACCAAGCCACUGAGCACGGCUCUCUUCCGCAUACUCUAAUCUAUAUUCCGGAUCUAUUGUUUAUAUGAUUGGUCGAGCUUUUAGCUCUUAGCCCGUUUACUAAUUUGUCUAGCUUAUAUUUCCUACUAUUAGUAGUCAGGUUCGGCUCUAAGCAGCACUGCAUUAUUACAGCCGUUGAGAGCCGCUUGGAGACUGUUUCAUUAUAAUUGCUGCAAUGGUGCACAAACCAGAAGAUCAUGACACUCUCUUACAUUGUAUCUACCAUGAAAAAUACUAGUAGAACCUAGUCUGAACUGUACCCAAAGCAUAGCCACGUCCCUCGGUCUUCGGCCAGUGGAGUUCCAAAAAUAGAAUUUUACUACGUUAA